UCUUUGUAACAUUUUAUCGGUAGAGAAGAAGAGUACUCGUGGAAAUGGCGCUUAGCUUAAUGGAAGUCAGAGAAGCAUUUGAUGUUUGCUAGCCAGCUAGAACUAUUUUCGGCAUAUUUAAAUGUUUUGAUCUGGAAAGGAGGUCAGAUUAUGACAGACAACGAAACAAAUCUACACGGAUUCCUGGAAAAACAGACUAACUGCGGCUAUAAAGUCUGCAUUCUCCCUAAGAAGUGAACAAUGCAUGAUCUUAUUGCUCAAGUCACCAGUAGCUUGCUGCCCUUCUCUGGAGUGACUUUAGAAGCCCUCGGGGAGGAUGAGAUCACUUUGGACUCAGUUCUGCAGGGCAGGUUCACUGUUGGCCGCAUUGGAUUGGCCUGGCUUGCCUGUGGUCCCCAUCUGGAGGUUGUCCAUGCAGUAACAGGGGAGCGGUUGUCUGCAUACUGCUUUAGCACUGGAGGAGAGCACCCACCCAGAAUUCUUGCUGCCAGGGACUUCAGCUGGCUUAAACGAUCUGGGUUGUUGGUGGCUUUGGAAGAAACUGAAGGCAGCGUUCUGUGCCUUUAUGACCUGGGACUCUCAAAGGUGGUUAAAGCUGUGGUCAUACCAGGCAGGAUUACAGCUAUUGAGCCGCUUGUCAGCUAUGGUGGAGCGAGCACCUCCACACAGCACCUCCACCAGAGUUUGCGCUGGUUCUUUGGUAUUGCUGCUGUAGUAACGGAUCUUGGUCAUGUUUUGCUCGUGGACCUUUGCCUUGAUGAUCUGUCCUGCAGUCAGAGUGAACUAGAUGCUUCAGAUUUGCAGAUCGUGACCAAAUCUCCAGCAGAGAUCCCGAGGCUCAGGGAAGUUAGCACCAGACAGGGCCGACAUCUUUGCCUGCAGCUGCAUGGACCUGCUGGAGUUGGUGUCACAGCCAUACAGUACAUCUCCAGAACCAACCAGCUGGCUGUUGGAUUUUUUGACGGAUACUUACAGCUAUGGAACAUGAAGUCCUUAAAGAAAGAAUACCACUCACAGUUAGAAGGCGGCAGAGUUCCUGUUCAUGCCUUCACCUUCCAGGAGCCAGAGAAUGAUCCCAGGAACUGCUGCUACCUGUGGGCUGUGCAGUCUUCACAGGAUCUCGAGGGGGAUAUUGUUAGUCUUCAUUUGCUUCAGCUGGCUUUCAGUGAGAGAAAGUGUCUGGCUUCUGGGAAGAUCUUAUAUGAGGGUCUUGAGUACUGUGAGGAACGUUACAACCAGGAUUUAAGCGGUACGACCUUCCCUCUCAGAGCCCAGGCGUCAAACACGCGCCUCCUCAGUUGCCAGACUAUUGAGAAAUUCCGACACCAUCCGGACAGGGAUGACAGCAUGAAUGAAGUUGCGUCCCCGGACACCAGUUUGUCAAUAUUUAGCUGGCAGGUGAAGGCUUACGGUCAGGGAACUCCCUCCAGCUACAUCGGCGUGUUUGACAUCAACCGCUGGUACCAUGCACAAAUGCCAGACUCCUUAAGAACUGGCGAGUCUCUUCAGAACUGUCCCUACCUGGCGGUUUGGUGUCUGGACCCUGUGGUGCAGAUGGUGUCUCCACACACUCUCCUAGAUGUGAUUGUGCAUGAGCGCAGUCUGAGUAGAGGCCUGCCGUUCACCUGCCCCCCUCCUGAACAGUACUUCAACCCUACAACAUAUAACUUUGAUGCCACCUGCUUGACCAACUCUGGAAUUGUGCACUUAACCUGCUCUGGGUAUCAAAAAGAGACCUUAAGUUUUCUGAAGAAAGCUGCUCCUUGCACCAGUGAAAUCAUCUCCACCAGCUACUCUCGCUGCCUCAUGUCUGGAUUACUCUCUUCUCGUCUGGCUGACAUGCAAACAUCCAGUCUCUCUCAGGAAGACCAACUUGAUGCCAUCUUGACGACAGCAGUUGAGACCAGUUCGCUGGGAUUGAUCACCGGCUGCAUCAAGCAGUGGACUGCAGAAGAACAGCCAGGCUCUGCAUUGAAUCUGCGCUACAUUAUGGACUGGGCUUGGAACAAAGUGGUGCAGACCAAGGAGGAACUGGAUGGCAUCUGUGCUCCGCUGUUUGACAGCUCAUCCAACUUCACCGACCCGCAGACCUUACAGCUGCUCCGGCACAGCGAGCGGCUGCUCAGUAACCUCAGUGCCAUCUUCCACUGCCUGCUCAGUGAAGCUCAAGAGCUCACGCAGAAAGGUCUUGCAGGGCUGAUGAACAAAAACAUGGUGUCCAGUCUGAUCUCUAACUACGCUCAAGUGGUCCUCUGGUUCUGCCGCACUGGUUUGCUCCCAGAGGGAUCAGAUGAAGACGCUCUCCAGAUUUCCAGACCUUUCUACUCUCACUCUGUCAUCAGUAACUAUUACACGAUACGCAGAGAAGAGCUGACCAGGCUGGCUAAGAAUAAGUGGUCUGCAGACUGCCUCAUGAUUGAUGGUUUGGUCGCCCAGUGCGGCGAGCGUCUGACCAGCCUGUGGAAACGAGACGAGGGAGGAACGGGACAAUACCCCCCACUGACACUGCAUGCUUUGCUGGACAUCUAUCUACUGGAGAACAUCGACGAAGCUGCUAAACAUGCGAUUGUCAUUUACUUACUGUUGGACGUCAUGUACUCGUUUCCUAAUAAGGAUGGAGCUUCAGUGGAGUCUUUUCCCACAGCUUUUGCCAUUCCUAUUGGACUGGUCAAACUAGUACAAGGUCUCUGGCUGCUGGACCAUCAUGACCAUCAGAGUUCGUUUGAGCUUCUCCUGCAUCCGGCUGCUUCUCGAUUCCAUUUUGAGUGGCAGCACGAGCGCAUCCUGCAAGCCCUGAUGAGCCAGGGACAGCAUUCUGUUGCUCUUCGGUACUUUCACAUCACAAAGCCCCCGAUUUCCUCCACCUCCCAGGCCCGACUCUGCCUCUCCGUGCUUCUGCACAGCAGGUGUCUUAUUGAGGCGUGGUGCUUACUUCGCCAGCAUUCGCAUCGCUUAAAUGUAUCCGAGCUGCUGGGCUUCCUGUAUGAGAGCUGCCAGGAGCUGGGGCUCACUAAAGAGCUGCUCAAACUGCCGCUAGCCGCCAACGAGCAGGAAUGCUUGGAAAAGUUUCUCCAAGGUACUGGAGGUCUUCAGAACAGAGAACUGCUCAUGAUUCAUUACCUCCAGCAGGCCAACUACAUUCCUGCUCUUCAGCUUAACAACAGCCUCAAAAUGAACUUGGUGAACGAGCGAGACCCAAAGCUUAAAGAACGGUCCAACACCAGAAACUCCAUCAUGGAUCAGUAUGGUAAAGUUUUGCCCAGAGUGCAGAGGAAGCUGGCAGUGGAGAGAUUGAAGCCGUACCAGCACCCCAACACCAUCCACAAAGAAGUUUCUCGUCCCCAACCUCUGUCCACGAUCACCAAGCCAUCUGCCAAUGAGAAGGUGAUGUCCAGGGCCGGAUUCAUCAACAAUGUCCUGACCAAGAUCGAGGAAGUGUGGUUGGGCAAAGAAACGCCUCAGUCAUCACCAGCCAAGAGUGUACGGACGCCUGACGCUCAGAGACUCGCCCAGAAACCGUCUUCCACAUUGUCUGCAGCUUUUCCUGAUCCGUUCCUGGGAACGCCCAUCACUUUGACAUCCAAACGAAAGUCCAGGCUGAUAGAUCUGGUGGUUCACCCCUCCUGUACGACCCCUCGACCUCUCCUCAGUCCUCCUAGAUUCCCCAGCUCUCGCCUUUCUCCAAGUGGGAUCAAGAAAGCACCAGAACUCAGUUUGCUUCAAACACCACAAGUUGUCAAGCGAGCGCGGGCUCUGGCGGCCUCUGGUCCCGGCUUUUCCGCUUUCACUCCCCAGUCCAUCCUACGCAGCAACCUGAGGCCCACGCCAGUAGCCACUCCUUCUGCUUCUCCAGGACGCUCAGUUACGCCGCCACUUCGCAGCAAAGACGGCCGAAUCACCUUCAGUGAGCAGGCUGCAGCAUCUGAAACAGAGAAGAACAUCCGAUGGACUAACGGGAUGGCAGCAGACAGUGAGAUUAGCCUCCUGACUAAAGGCUCCCCACUGAUGAAGCCCUCACGGAAGACCUGGUCUUCACAGCCAGCCGAGAGAGAAGAGGAAGAAGAGAAACAUCGGGUGAAGUUUUUGCCUCCAGAAGGUGGCAUUUCCUCUCCACGACUGAGAUGUUCUGAAAGUGAUUCAUCCUCCACCAAUGAGGUCGCUGCAGAAACGAGCCCACCAGCUCCAGUUCAGGCUCAUCUUAACCUGAGCCUAGACACCAGCCAGGUUUCUGUCCAGUCCACAAACACCACUCUGGAGUACUUUGAUGCACCGCUCUCAGACGAGCUCACAGGAGAGCAUGGAAAUGUAUGCACUGAUGACGACGACGAUGUUGUGACCGUGAACAUCAAACCUCAGAUGGAGAAUGACACCUCUGAAGAACUUCUGCCAUUACAAGAUGCAGAGAAGAAAGAAGAGCCUGUAAAGGAGGAUACCCUGACGAACGCCCCUGAAGAGCAGUCGGGAGAAGAGGAAGAGGAAGAUGUCGAGUCGAGCAGCAAAAUGGAACCUGCUGAAACUGCUGACCAUGAAGAACCAGCUGUUAAUCAAGAAGAUAAAGAGGAAACAAAGAGUUCUGCCUCUGAAGUCAAAUCUCAGGAACUUCCAGCUGAGGAUGAAGAACUUGCAGUUCAGUCUAAAAUCACUGAACCUUUGGAGUCGAACAGCGAGUUUUCCAAACCGUCUGGAGAGACUGAAACUCCAACUGAGACAACAGAAACUCUGGAUCAGUCUACAGACCUUACAGAGUUUGUCCAGCAGCAUUUGUUUGGCAGUGACCUGUCCCCUCCACUCUCCCGCUCCUCCAUCCACAACGCCUCACAAAGCCAGUCCUCCUUGAACAGUGAGCAGUUAGAUGAAGAUGAAGAGCAAGUUGCUGCCAAAGCUUCUGCCUCCGUGACCUCCUCAGAGCCAACAGGCACAGACUCCCACUCUGUUGUUAGCGUCAACGACAGUGGAGAACUCUCGAGUCCUGCAUCUGAGGGGGAGGAGGAGGAGGAGGAAGAAGAAUCAUCAGAUCAAGCUGAGGAAGAAGAGGAGGACUCUGGGAGUGAGGUGGAGAUCAUAGAGGAGGUCCAGGGCAACGGGAGGCUGCCGCUCCUCCAGCCAAGUUCAGUCUUUGAGGAGCAGCAGGGCUUCAUGCAGUCUUUGUCGGAGCAGGAGGCUGCUGAGUUCUCCAUCCUCACACCCAGCCCAGAGAUGAAGGUCGUUCUCACUUCACAGAUGAUGGACGUGGACAUGGAGGGGGAGGUGGUGAUGGUGAGACUGGGAGGAGAUGAAGGAGGUCUGGAUCCAGACGAGGGGGAAGACCAGUGCUCCUCGUACAUGGAGCUCAAACCGUCCGCCACUCUCCUGGUUCCCGUGGAGCUCAUGCCGGAUCAGCACAGCCUGGCCGACGGCGGUCCGCUGGGCCUGCCCGAGCUUCAGCCGGACGGCCUGCCCGAGCUUCAGCCGGACGGCCUGCCCGAGCUUCAGCCGGACAGCCUGCAGCCAGAGAGUCACAGCGGCUUCACCCUGAUGUUGGACGUGGACGAGGUGGAGCAGGCAGGAGCAGCAGCCGUUCAGAACGACCUGCAGCCUCCCGACCUUUCCAUCAAGCCUCAUGAAGUGGACUUUGGUGAUAAUUUUUUGGACGUGCCGGAUGUUGUCCCUGUGGAAACGGAAGAUCAGGUUUCUCCUCUGUUGGGCGAAGCCUCCCUGGAGACCUUAGAUGAAAACAUUGUCAAUGAACAAAAGAAUGAAGAAAUAGUUGAACUUCUACCUGACCCACAGACUGAAUGCUCUGCAUCAAAGCAGGAAAAUGAAGCUUUUAGGGAGGAGAACUAUGUACAGUUUGAAAAGAUACCUGAAGAUGAUGGAUCUGCACCUCCUUCUGACUCUGGUACAACUCCAGAAGCAGAACUUCCUUCAGAGGAAAAGACUGAAGCUUCUGUAGAAACGAUGGAUGAGGAGAUGAAAGAGGAGGAGAAAUCGGCUCCUGAGGAGCGGAAGCUGGAGGACAUCAAUGUCGUCAGCACAGACGCAGAGUUUGACCUCUGUAAAGAGGUGGAAGCUGCCGUGGAGACAGAGGAGCAGCAGGAACCCACAGCAUCCACAGAAACAGAGGAGGGAGCUGCCAUACCUACUAAGAAUGUAGAGGAGCCUGUGGAGGAGGUUUUGAGCUCAGGUGAUACACACCCCGUCCAGCAGACCCCCACCACCCAGCAGAAGAAGCCUCCUUCCACCCCAACGCGUAGGAUGACGAGGGGCAGGGCUGUUACCUUCAUCUCUCCCCCAUCAGAGGCAACCUUGGAGGAUGCAAAGAAUCCCAAAAAGAGCAAUCUGGUCUCUGCCUCUCCAGGUCGAACUCCUAGAAAAACGAAACAGGUCAAAGAGACUAAAGUCGGCGUGGACACACCCCGAAGAAGCACCCGCAAAAGUCUGCCAGAUCCUCCUAAAGAUGAAGAGUCUGUAAUGUCCCCCUCUCCAGUCAGACGUUCACAGAGGACCAGCUUGAAGCAGCGAGGUGACAGUGGGGAGACUUCUGCAGCCUCUGAGGUGGAAAUCAAAGAGACCCAAGACGGAGAAGAAGAAGAAGCCGAGCAUCAAAAAGCCUCAAAGGCUCAAACGCCGUCAAAACCCAGAACUUCUCGAGCGUCGACUCCAAGGAGGUCCAGCCGAAGAGCUCAGAACAGCAGCGAGUCGGUGCUGGAGGUGGUGAAAGAGGAAAAAGACGAGUCGCCGCCUUUAACACGCAGCUCUAGAAGAACCACGAAGCAUCAUUUGGAGGCUCCACCAGCCGUGUUUGAAGAGGACGCCUCCGAGCUCCCCAGCCCCGACAGGAAGAGCCCCCGGUCCAGCCUGGUUAAGCUUAACCUGUAUCCACGAGUUAAAUUAGUUCCUGUGUCCCUUCCUCAGUCCGACAGGAAGACGAGAGGAAAAACGGCUACAACCGCCAAAGAGCACGAAGAGAAGCCGGAGGGAAGCCGCAAGUCCAGCCGGACCAACAACCGGCGGCCGACUCGAAGCAAACUCUGGGACCACCCCGAGGAGGAUCUCCGUCUGCUGGACUCGCCGUUGGAGGUGGAUUCUAAAACCCCGGUGGCAGACGCCCUCAUCAAGAGACUCCAGGAUGAGGAAGAGCAACAGGAAGGUGGCGCCACAAAAAAGACGAGAACAAGAACGAGGAGCUCCAAAUCGUCUGUGGAACCGAAAGAGGAAGACUCCAGUCCAGAGGAGCUCUCGUACGUCUACUCGCCCUCACGCCGGCGGCAAACGAAAGAGUCUCCCAGGCCAAGUAAAGAGUCUGCGGCGCCGCUCACACGCAGCCGCAGGAGAGUCAUCGACGUGGAACCUCAGAAUAAAAUCUCUUCAGAAGGGGAUCAUGUGGAUGUGGACAUUGCAACAAGUGUUCCCAGAACCAGAAAAACGAGCAACCGAACAGCCAGGUCCAAAGCUGCUCCGGAUCCUCCCCCCAUCGCGGAAGUUGACGUCAUCUCUCCUUUGUCCAGUCCAGCCGAGCCCCCACCGCGAGCACUCAAGAGGAUCCUAGAUCAAGACCUCCCAACCACCACCAUGAACCUUAGACGAAAGCGUGUAAUGGACACGGUUUUCACUAAACCCGUCACUCGGAGGAGAAAAAUGUAAGAAGUUUCCUGGUCGUUUUAAACCAGAGAAAAAAACUGCACCUCUGCGACCUUGGAAUGGCUCUGCUUCCUCACAUGCUACAUAGAGCUGCUAUUUGUAUUUGGACUUCCAUGCUGAAAAAAAAAAAUUUAAUUUUUUUUGGCAGGAAGGUAUAUUUUUGGCAGGAAACAAAUCAUAGUGUGAUAAAGCAGAAUUUAUUUUUGGAGUUUACAUUUCUCUCUUAUAAUAACUUUUACUUGAUGCGUCUGGAACGACUUUGAAUUGGAUAUUUGAUUGACUACAGAUUGGAUCAGAAAAAUGUGAUAGAUCUGGGUUUUUAUUGGCUCUAAACAAAUCAGAAACUCGUCUUAACUUUCUUCUCCUUAAAGGUGGAUUGACAUCCAGUUUUAGAUCUGUAGUGUGUUUUUAAGAAUUGAAAGCCUGUUGUUAUUUUCUAUUUAAGAUGGAAACCAGUCAACCAGUGGAGAAGUAUUUGUAUAUAGUUCUUUGCUAUGUUCCAAAUAAAGUUAAUAAAUCUUAAUUUUUUUCCAUUUAAA